AGCCUCAGAAGGACCUGACAGUUGCCCAGUGGGACAGUUGGGUCUCUUGCACCUCCAGCUCCAUCAACCCUCCAGAAGAAUCCACCAGCCAUGAGCAAGUCCUACUCCUCUUCCGCCCAGACGGCCUCCUCAUACCGCCGCACCUUCGGCUCCGGGGUGGGUUCAACCCCAAUGUCUUCCCUCUUCUCCUCCAUGGGAGGAGGACGUAGCUCUGCUUCAUCCCACAUGUCGUCCAGAGUCUACGAGGUCAAGACCAUGCCUUCUUACUCCAGCUACCGAGUUUCCUCAGGUGGAGCCGGCGGACUGGGUGCUUCCACGGCAAUGCGCACCUACUCCGGUGAGAAGCUCGACUUCAACUUGGCUGACGCCAUGAACCAGGACUUCCUCAACACAAGGACCAACGAGAAGGCCGAGCUCCAGCACCUCAACGACCGCUUCGCCAGCUACAUUGAGAAGGUCCGCUUCCUGGAGCAGCAGAACGCCGCGCUGACAGUGGAGAUCGAGACGCUGAAAGGUCGCGAAGGCCCUGGACGUGUCGCUGAGAUGUACGAGGAGGAAAUGAGGGAGCUGAGGAGGCAAAUCGAGGCACUUUCCAACCAAAGAGCCCGAGUGGAGGUGGAGAGGGACAACCUGGCGGAUGACCUGCAGAAGCUCAAGCUCAGACUGCAGGAGGAGAUUCACCAGAAGGAAGAGGCAGAAAACAACCUGUCUGCCUUCAGAGCUGAUGUCGACAACGCCACUCUGGCCAGGCUGGACCUGGAGAGACGCAUCGAGAGUCUGCAGGAGGAGAUCGCCUUCCUGAAGAAGAUCCACGAAGAGGAGAUCCGUGAGCUGCAGAGCCAGAUGCAGGACACGCAGGUCCAGAUCCAGAUGGACAUGUCCAAGCCAGACCUGACUGCCGCUCUGAGGGACAUCCGCCUCCAGUACGAAGCAAUCGCCGCCAAGAACAUCUCAGAGGCUGAGGACUGGUACAAGUCCAAGGUUUCCGACCUGAACCAGGCUGUCAACAAGAACAACGAUGCUCUGCGUCAGGCCAAGCAGGAGAGCAUGGAGUACAGACACCAGAUCCAGUCCUACACCUGUGAGAUCGACUCUCUCAAGGGAACCAACGAGUCUCUGAUGCGCCAGAUGAGAGACAUGGAGGACCGCAUGUCUCGCGAGGCCUCUGGUUUCCAGGACACCAUCGCCAGACUGGAGGAGGACAUUGCCAAGAUGAAGGAUGACAUGGCCCGUCACCUGAGGGAGUACCAGGACCUCCUCAAUGUCAAGAUGGCCCUCGAUAUUGAGAUCGCCACCUACCGCAAGCUGCUGGAGGGAGAGGAGAGCCGCAUCACCACCACCGUGCCCGUCCAGUCUUCCUUCUCUUCCAUCGGAUUCAGAGAGACCAGCCCUGAGUCUCAACAUCAGCGCGGCUCAGAGGUCCACUCAAAGAAAACCGUUCUCAUCAAGACCAUCGAGACCCGCGACGGAGAGGUUGUCAGCGAGUCCACACAGCACCAGCAAGACAUCAUGUGAAGAGGAAGAGAGAAUAAACCACCAACUUAAAAACUUUUAAAAAAUAAUUAAAUAAAAAAAGACAAGUUAGAGUUCAUAAUUCUAGGAUAUGAAAAUACGCCCCCUAAAGGGCAUUCUGGAUUAUUAUUAUUUUCCAUUUUCUAGGUUGUUGAAGCAGGAAAGGCGUCAGUGAUGUCGUGAUGGCCGAACAGCAGAGUAGAAGCAUUAAAUGGCAGAAGAAUGGACCAGACAAAAUAAAGAUGCACAUAUUCCAGAUGUGAUGUGCCAGAGAAAGGAAGAAGUCUUGAGAAACAAAAAAAGUACUUUGGAUUCAGAAGGAAUAAAGUCAGGUCCGACAUUUGACGACAGUGUUUUGGUGACGGCGUUUCGCUUCACUGUACCACAACUCUCCAAUAAAAA